AUGCCGGAGGUGACUCUGAAAGGCGCUGCCACUUCUAAGAAGGGUUUCAAGAAAGCGGUUACUAAAGUCCAGAAGAAAGAAGGGAAGAAACGGAAGAGGUCUCGUAAAGAGAGCUAUUCUAUUUACGUGUACAAGGUGCUGAAGCAGGUCCACCCAGACACCGGCAUUUCCUCAAAAGCCAUGAGUAUCAUGAAUUCUUUCGUCACGGAUAUCUUCGAGCGCAUCGCGGGGGAGGCGUCGCGGCUGGCGCAUUACAACAAGCGCUCAACCAUCACCUCCAGGGAGAUCCAGACGGCCGUGCGCCUGCUGCUGCCCGGGGAGCUGGCCAAGCACGCUGUAUCCGAGGGCACCAAGGCCGUCACCAAGUACACCAGCUCCAAGUAA